CUCCUUCCUUCCAUCCCACCUUGCCUGCUGACUAUCAGCUCCAUCCGCCCUCCAUCACCCCUCCGACCUAUCUGUCCAUCCGCUGCGGUAAAGCUACGGCAGCAUGGCAUCUCCUCAACCCGCACCAGGCACCUCCAUGCAGGCAACUCGCGGUCCUCAACCUGGCUCAGCCAGCGUAGCCGUCAACAAGACGACGCAAAACGCUCACAACUACGCCUCAACCGUCGCAACCCAAUCUGAUGUAGCAAAGUAUCGCGGUAAAUACAAGGAGCUCAAGGCCAAGAUCAGGGACAUUGAGGCAGAGAAUGAUGAGAUCCAUUUGAGGACCUUGAAUCUAAAGAGGACCAUACAGAGGAUGAGAUUGGAGAGGGCGGUCUUGUACGAACGCCUCGAAGCAGCACAAUCUAGCGCAGCAGCAGGAUCGGCCUCGAUGCCCGCCCCCGUCAUCAGGCCCGCCUCACCCCCACAAGACGGUCGCCCCGUUCCACCACCACCUGUCUCCGCGCCCAUCUCUCAGCCUCCUCAGCCUGCUCAAGCCUCCGUCCCUUCCUCAUACUCCGGUGAAGCAGCUACCGGCCCGAUCAUGAUGACGCUGCCCUCAGGCGAGAGGGUAGUCCCUUCGGUCCUGGCGCCGCCGCCGGUGAGGGACAGGGAUUAUGCGACUCAGAUGAUGCAACGAGGCAUAGGGAUGGGCGCGGGCACCGGAAUGGAGGGAGGUACGAGCUCCACGUUGCCGCCGCCGAUGAGGCCAGGAAUGGCGCAUGCCCAGUCAGGUUCGCCUCCUGCUGCGCCGGGGAUAGGGGCAGGAGGACCGCCAGGAGGUAGCAAUGGAGCAAUGAAGGUGACAUUGAGGAGGGGAGGUGGAGGAGGGCAACAGCAACAGCAGCAAAUGGGUGGGGAGGCAGCAUCACCUUCGCAUGGAAGAGGGUCAGCAGGUUCCCCGCCUUCGUGAGGUGGGGACAAGGAAGAGGAG